UUUCGUUUGACUUUUCCAUCUGGCCCGUACAUGUCUAGGCUGGAAGAGGCAGUCGCCAGGCUUUUAGUUUCAUUUGGGCACAGUAUCCAGCUUGUUUUUUUCUGAACCAUGGUGAGACAGACUCAGAUCACGGAUCUGCAGGCGUUUCACUGCACCCGUCAGGUAAGCAGUAGCUCUUUGGCAUCUGGGCCAUCUGAUGGUGAUGUUGCUCACCCUCCUCCUCCUCCUUCCCCCAACUGUGCCUCCCAAACCCCUUCAGCAGCAAUGACAGAGAGCAGUCAGCCAGUGAACAUUAUGGACUCAGGGAUGCGCAGGAAGAAGAAACGCAGGACUCGAGCUGCAGACAGCUUCACUGGCACAUUCAGUGAUUUGUACAAGCUCACAGAGGAGGUGCUUGGGCAAGGGGCUUAUGCUAAAGUCCAGGGCUGUGUGAAUCUGCAAAAUGGCAAUGAGUACGCUGUAAAGAUAAUUGAGAAGAUCGCUGGCCACAGUCGGAGCCGGGUAUUCAGAGAGGUGGAGACAUUAUACCAGUGCCAAGGGAAUAAGAACAUUCUUGAACUCAUUCAGUUCUUUGAGGAUGACAGUUGCUUUUAUUUGGUGUUUGAGAAGCUAUGUGGAGGCUCCAUUUUAACACACAUACAGAAGAGGAAGCACUUUGAUGAACGGGAAGCCAGUCGUGUGGUUAGGGACAUAGCUCAAGCUUUGCACUUCCUGCACACCAAAGGAAUUGCUCAUCGGGAUCUCAAACCUGAAAAUAUCCUGUGUGUAUAUGCUGACAAGGUAUCUCCUGUGAAGAUCUGUGAUUUUGACCUGGGAAGUGGAGUGAAGUUAAGCAGUGCCUGUACUCCCAUAACUACACCUGAGCUUACUACACCGUGUGGCUCAGCUGAGUACAUGGCCCCAGAGGUGGUGGAAGUUUUUACUGACGAGGCAUCAUUCUACGAUAAGCGCUGUGACCUCUGGAGUCUUGGGGUCAUCCUCUACAUCCUCCUUAGCGGCAGUCCGCCUUUCACUGGCCACUGUGGCACUGACUGUGGCUGGGAGCGAGGAGAAACCUGCCGUGCCUGCCAGAACAGCCUGUUUGAGCGAAUCCAGGAGGGCAAGUACGAGUUUGGUGAGCGGGACUGGGCCCAUAUCUCUGACAGUGCCAAAGACCUGAUCUCACGGCUGCUGGUGCGGGACGCCAUGCUAAGGCUCAGUGCAGCACAGGUCCUGCAGCACCCUUGGGUGCAGGGGAAUGCUCCUGAAAGAGGACUUUCAACUCCACAUGUCUUACAGAGGAACUGCAGCACUAAGGACUUGACUCAGUUUGCAGCAGAGGCCAUGGCCUUCAACAGGCAGCUGUCCCAGCAGGAUGAGGAGCAGCAGGACAGCGGGACCAUUGUGUGCUCCAUGAGACUCUCGCCCCCGUCCAACUCGCGCCUGGCCCGUCGCAGGGCACAGUCCCUUGCCCUACGCAGCACCAGCCAAUACCUGGCCUCCGCUCAGGUGACAGAGUAAAGCUGGCUGCUCCAUAAAUGGGAGCUGUGUACUUAGUGCCUGUGCUUGACUCUGUUGCAAACUCAAAGCCAGUGCUGUUGACUAUUUGUUGCAUUUCAGCCUGUGUGAACUGAUAAUUACAUAUAAUAUAAUACCAAGCACACCAGUGGAUUUUUGUUAACUCUAAAUGUAAGCACUUGCUACACCUUUUGCUCUGUUUUCAAGGGUUAAUACAGGUUAGCAAAUCGGAGUUAGGACACAUACAGAGGAUGAACUGAACAACAAUAUUUCUCUGAAAAAUCCAUUUUUGGUUGGGCUGCAUAAGUCAUGUACACCUUUGAUGUGCUACACAGUUGGUAAAGUGCACGUGAAGCUGUCAAGGAUUUCUGAAUAUUUAAAUAUUUAUUAAUGUAUUUUCAGCCACAAAUAUUUGGUAUCAGCUGACUAUAAAGGUGCUCGGAUAGAAGGUGAAAUGCUGAUGCCGUGACUUUAACACACCUACUAGACCAACACUCAUUUUAUUGUGAUCAUUUUUAAAGAUCCAUUUUAGGAGGGGUUUUAGUUAGACCACUGAGAGCUUUUGCUAUGUUUCAUUGGAUAAUUUUGUCCAGUUAUUUUCAAAAGCCAGAAUGAACAAUGUCAUGAUAGCACUUGAAAUUCAGUACAUAACACUAUACUACAUUGGUAUUUGGGCUUCAUCUCCAGAUAAAUUGUGGUUAACACAAAUGCAUUUUGCACAUUGUUUUUGCACAUCAUAUUAUGGCCAGAUCUCUCAAUGUUACUGACUCAGUAGGUAGCAUUCUCUGUACAAUUCUAGACUGGCAAUGUUUCAAAACAAAAGAUAUUGUUUCUCUCGGUGUUGUGUUGAGAUUUUAUUGUCUUUGAUUUCCUCUUUUUUCUUUUAUGUAUUAUCCUGCAUGUUUCCUUUUCCAGUGUUUUUAUAUUGCAGUAUUUGAUUUUAUAUUUGUAAUGUUCUUCAAUAGUGAAAACAUCUUUUAAACAAAACUUGUAUCUUUUGCAUGUCCAGAAUUAACUAUAUGUGCUGAUCCACAAUGUAACUUCUGAAGUAACUUUAGCAUAGCAUCAGUGUAACUUGCUCUUUUGCCAUUAAAAAAAAAUUGGAAGCACUUAUUGGGAGCAACCUUUAACCAAAGACUUCACUCAAGCAAGACGAGUAAUUCAUUUAAAAAUAAAUGGUACUUCAAAUGUUAUAAUUUGUAAUAUCCUCUGCUCUGUCCCAAUGGUAGUGCUAUAAGCCAUCUCAUGUUAAGAGAUCCCUUGUGUUCAGGCUGUUGUUUUGUAAACUAGAAGAAUGUGUUGGGAAGAUGUUUACCUUUUUGUUUUGAUGGUGAAAGCAGGUGCCAUCCUGUCUUUAUUAAAUUGGUUUUUGGUGGUCAAUGCAACAUUGCUUUUGUAAAAGCAAAUCCUACACCUAUACUAAUAUCCUCUGUUGCCAAAAAUAACUAUUUGUAUUUAAUCUUGUAAUACUUAAACCUACUCUAAUCUUUCAACAUCUGGAAUAUGAUGGGUGUUUACAGUAGCACCUGAUAUGAAAAUUUAAGAAAUUUAUGAACAUUAAACUGGAUUUCUUUUCAUGUGAA